GGGAAAUGGGCCAUGCAGCCAGUGCCAAUGUUAGAAUGAUAUCGGUAAAACCCGAGCUGAACAAACCUGGGUCAAACGCUGCUCCCCUGCGAAAAACCCCCAGAAUAGCACAAACUAACAGCUGUAUAAAGGAAACUCCAACUUACAUUGACGACUUGAUACAAGGUUUAAACUUCACACAGAUUAGUUCAAUCCCAGAUUCAUCAGAAGUAGAAAGUGAGCUUCAAGAAGCAAAGGAAAAAGUACGAACACUAGAGAAGGAGCUGGCUGAAUUGGAAGGAUGCAAACUACAGCUCAGUGACCAGGUCAUGUGGCUGGAAGAACAGCUCGAGAUCAUGAGAAACAAAUUAAAGUCUGCAAACUUUUAUGAGGAAAUGAUUUACGCCAAAGAGAAGUAUAUCCAGAAGUUAGAAGCAGAAAAUAAAUGUGUUCAAGAACAAUUGAUGCAAUCAAAACAGAAACACAAAAAGAUUAUGAAGAAGCUACAGAUUCAGCUAGCUCAAGUCAAACAAGAUGCUGCAAUCAAUAUGAUGGAAGCAAAGGACAGAAUUCAGACGUUGGAGAAUGAAAAUCAGUUUGCCAGGGAACAAAGAUUCAACAACAAGCAUUUCAAAGAAGGUAUUAGCAGUGAUGGCAUUGAAUAUCCUGAGCUCAGUUCUGGAGGUGAAAAUCGAGUACGUCUUGUUCUUGAACUGUCAAGUCAGUUGUCACAGCAACAAGAAAAGAUAUGCCUUCUGGAAAAGACUUUGAAAGAGAAAGAAGCGCGGCUGAGUGGACUUGAAACACAACAGCUCGCUCAAGCAGCUGCUGGUGCCUCAGCGCAUGGCUUACUGCAGUUUAAUUUACCAGCACCACAUAACAAUAAAACCUGUACAACAGAAGGUGAUCAAAGGUUAGGAGCACUGCUCUUUUCAGUGGAUACUUUGACCUCAGAUAGGUCUAGUAAUGGCAAAAUUGACCAAGGCUAAUCCAAUCUUAAGAUUCAAAGAAGUUAAGGACACCAAUUGAAAAGCAUGUCACAGCAGCACAUUUGCGAUCAAUUGGGUAAUUGUGUCACUUUGUCAUGGCCACUGAGAGCAGGAUAUCCGGGACAACAGAUGAGACAGGUCCUUUGGAAAAUGUAAAUAAUACAAACUACGUUAAUGUUUCCUACAGUGACUCGGUUUCAUUAGCUGUAAUACAUUUUGGGACACCCUGACAUAGGGAAUGGUGCUAGCUAAAUGCCAAACAGACUUCCGAUUCACACUUGUGAGGGUAUUGAGCAUAAAUCAGGGUCUUAUUUUCCCAUGAGCUUUUUAGGCGGCAGCUGUGAUGUAACUAAUUUUCAGCCCAAGAAUCAUGUGCACUCCUACAACUGCAUGUAACCAUAACCUUAGUAUGUGAAAUGGUAUAAUAUAUGUACUUUUUAUCUUUUUGUUUAAUUUACCGUCAAAACAAACUGGAUGUCUGAAUAAGUCUAGAUUUCCAAAACAAAUUAGGAACACUAAAUUAAAUGCUGUAAGUAUAUUUAAGUGCA